UUGAAUUCGUUUCAAAUUGUAGCCGAUAUGAUCGGAGGCUUCCGAUUAAAAUGUUGCGUGUCGCCGAUAAUGAGUGGUUUAAUGUUAUCUUAGAACGCAAUGGAUGGCUAGAGAGCGAGCAUAUUAAUGCACUUAUAUAUUUGCUGCUUGUUGAUUUCAACAAAGACGUAUCAAAUCCAAUAGUGAGAGAUUGGUCGUGUAUGGAGAUGGUUUGUUGGUUGGGCUUGCGUAGUGAUAACCUUGAGGAAAUGGUGGGGACAGUGAUGCCGUAUGUCCGUGGCAGUCUUCCUUUCAUAGGUGGGCUGGAAUGGACGAAUGCUAGACGUGUAUUUGGUGUGGCACACAUAAACAACAAUCAUUGGUGUUUCUAUCAGAUAUGCAUCCCCGAGCAGCGCAUUGUUGUUUACGACUCUCUGAACUAUGACUGGGAUACUGUAGCAGGGCAUUUUGACAAGGUCCGGACGAACUUACCUAUACUAUGCCGUAUGGGAAGAAUAUGGGAGAGGUGCAACUAUUCAAACGCCCUUAUGGAGAGCUGGGACGUCGUGAAGUUUGAGAAUCCACCACAACAAACUAAUCAUAGCGACUGUGGAAUCAUGGCAAUCAAAUUAUGGAAUGUUGUGCUUAUGGUGUUCCCGUGGAUGGCAUAA